UGUGUCGGAUACGCUGGCGAAUUACCCACUUUGGGAAUGAGCGGGGGUGAUUGACGAGGUCCACGGUUUCGCGACGUACGGAUGGAUCUCUCUCCUGCUGGAUUUAUUGGCAGUCUGGCCCGCCUCUUUCACGCUUCGAUGAUGACAAAUCCCUCAGUAUUUCGUUUCGUCAAUCUUUUAUAAGCACACCAUCGAUUUCUCGUCCUCCCUUCAAUAGUGUAAACAAUUUCCCAAGUUUGGUGAAUGGCUGACGGAUGGACAGUUCCCUAACUGUCGGCUCAUUAUGAAUCUAUUGGACGAGUUCCUUUUAGAAUAGUAUGGCGCCCUCCCUUUGGUUCGUCUUGUACAAGUUGCCAUCCAGCAACAGCGGUGGGCCAAAGGACGGGCGAGCCUACGUGUAUCGGACAUCUUCCAGCUCAACCCAGGCCGGCAGCGCUUGGAUCUCCUCUGGGCAGGCGAUCGAUUCGCCGAGUUCUCUACCCGGGCAAACCCUGGAACCGAUCUACCAUAGUCCGAAGGAACACCUAGUCGGGGAUGAAGAAGAUAAUCAACGAUUACUGCUGAUGUACAACGACGAAUUCCCAAAUGGAACGAGCAGCGAAACAUCCGCCCACGCUAAAGGUGUCGUGGCGUUCGACGGGCAAACCGGCUUUUGGUUAGUCCACAGCGUACCGCGCUUUCCUCCAGCUCCCGAUGGAGGACCACCAGGGACUAAAGGCAAUUACUCGUAUCCAACCACUGGGCUUCGCUACGGUCAAACGAUGUUGUGCGUCAGUUUGCCACUCCACCAAGCUGAUCUUAUUGGGAAACAGCUGCUGUAUUACCAUCCCUUCGUCUAUCAUUGGAACGUUUCGUCUGCCAACAAAGAAUGGAUCCAGAUGCUGCCUAAUCUGGCGGCUGUGGCUGGAGGAGCUCACAUCACUCAACCACCCUGGUCCCGCUCCACUCAGCUGUUGACGUCGGAUCAACUGACCAUCACCAGUUUUGCUAAAUCUCGCCAAUUCGGUCUAGAUCUGUACGGGGAUUGGAUGGCGACUGCGCUCCAAAGUUCUCUGUACGUGGAAACGUGGACUAAUGGACAAGGUCAUCCCAUGCCUUCUUUCUGCUUGAAUCGCACUUUCACAGUGCAGAACAUUAAGCAGGUGCACCUGAGUGACGGCCAAGCCUUCCCGUCGCACAGUGAUCACAGCAAAUGGGCCAUUUCCAGUCGCCAGGAGAAACCGUGGGUCUGCAUCGCCGACAUCAAUCGCAUGGAUUCCCAGCGGCAUCGAGGUGGCGGAUCGCUUUGUUUCAGUCAGCCUGAGCUGUGGCGUGGGCUCGACCAGGCUGUCAAUCAACUGGAACCUUGCCCACUUUCAUCGGCUUUCUUCUUCUCCGUGAAUAGGAAGCUCACAAAUACUAUGAAGAAGAAAAAGAAGAAGCAGAAGAAUCAGGUGACGCAACAAGACCUGUUAGUAUAAUACGCGUAGAGUAUAGGUUGAUUCACAAAAGAAACUUUCAAACAAAAGUUUGCGACUAUUUUAAAAGCUUCCGUAUCCUACAAGCUUGUUCCUUUUGGCCCUUCCUACUUGUACUAGUUUCUUAAUAUCUCUCCCUGUCUCCGUCUGACGUCAUUGGGGGGCCUACAAUAACUUUUCUACUCGACUCCCGAAUGUUUCAAUCUGUACACUUUUCCUUGCUGCAGACUACUAUCGUAUCAUAUUGCAAUUCCUCUCUUUACGAUGGAACUCGUCCUUAUUAUCUCGAGCCACUUUGUCUUUCCUCAUGACAGAUUUCUAAACCAAUAAAGUCAGCCUCCGUA